AUGGACGCCGGAAAAUAUGCCUCUGAGAAGGCAGAGGUUGAGAAGAUUCAGGAUGUAGCAGCAGGUAACCUCACAACAGGCUCUGAGCCUGCUCUCGGAACUUUUGCCGACGUUGAUGAAAAGAAGAUUCUUCGCAAGAUGGAUAUCCGAUUACUCCCAAUGCUUUCGGCACUAUAUCUCCUCUCGUUUCUCGACCGCGGAAAUAUUGGCAAUGCCAAAAUCGAAGGACUUCAGGAAGACCUCAACAUGUCGCCUGGCCAGUACAACUGGUGUCUCACCGUCUUCUUCUUUACCUAUGCAGCAUUCGAGGUUCCUAGCAACCUGCUCUUGAAAAAGCUGCGCCCCAGCCGCUGGCUACCAUUGAUCAUGGUCUGUUGGGGUGUUGUCAUGACUCUCAUGGGUAUCGUCCAGAGCUUUCGGGGUCUGCUGGCCGCUCGUUUGUUUCUAGGAGUGACAGAAGCCGGCCUAUUUCCCGGUGUAGCUUACUACUUGACAAUGUGGUACUGCCGCGAGGAAAUUCAGCUUCGCCAAGCGCUCUUCUUCUCUGCUGCCUCCGUCGCUGGAGCUUUCAGUGGCAUUUUGGCCUUUGGAAUCAGUAAAAUGGACGGCGUCGGCGGACUUGCAGGCUGGAGGUGGAUUUUCAUCCUCGAAGGCAUCGCGACUGUGCUUGUCGCGGCCAUGGCCUUCUUUUUCCUUCACGAUUUUCCCGAAACCGCAAAGUUCCUUACGGAGGACGAGCGCGCUUUUGUUGUUCAUCGUCUAAAAUACCAAGGCCAAGUUGGCCAGGCUCAGGUGGCACAAGCCGAAGAAUUCGAAUGGAAGUAUGUUCGUCAAGCGUUUACCGAUUGGCAAGUCUGGGUCAACAUUUUCGUUUACUGGAGUAUUGUUUGUCCCCUCUACGGCAUCUCCCUCUUUCUCCCCACCAUUAUUAAAUCUCUUCAUUACACAUCGAGUACCGCCCAGUUAAUGACGGUACCCAUCUACGUUGUUGCUGCUAUCCUAGCUGUCAUCAGCGCCUACUUUUCUGACAGGGUAGGGAAGCGGAGCCCUUUCAUCAUUGGCUUCCUUUUGAUGAUGAUAAUCGGCUUCUCCAUGUGUAUCGCUUCGUCGAAUCCGCAUGUUGUUUAUGGUGGUAUAUUCAUUGCGGCUUGUGCCAUUUAUCCUGCAUUUCCUGGAGUUAUUACAUGGCUAUGUAACAACUUGUCUGGGAGUUACAAGCGCAGCGCUGGAAUGGCUAUUCAAAUCGGAGUCGGAAAUCUUGGAGGUGCCAUGGCAUCCAACUUUUACCGUCAGGCUGAUGGCCCCCGAUUCAUCCUGGGACAUGGCUUGGAGCUCGGCUUCAUCUGUAUGGGGAUCGUCGCCAGCUGCAUCCUAAUCUUCAGCUACUACACCGUGAACAAGAGGCGCGAGCAAAAGCUGGCGGAUGGAGAGGCGGCCAACUUUACGCCAGAGGAGUUGUCGGCUCUGGGAGACAGGGCCAUCACGUUUCGUUACAUGUUCUAG